GAAGAUUUUACCACCGAUCCACUGCACGAAUAACCAGCAAGCGCCAGCAUGACUGAACCAGAAGUGAACCCCAAAGCCUAUCCACUUGCGGAUGCCCAGCUUACAAAGACUCUCUUGGAUCUCGUUCAGCAAUCAGCUAAUUACAAGCAGCUCCGCAAGGGUGCUAAUGAAGCUACAAAGACCCUAAACAGAGGCAUAGCUGAGUUCAUAGUCAUGGCAGCUGAUGCAGAACCCCUGGAGAUCAUUCUACACCUUCCACUCCUGUGUGAAGACAAGAACGUCCCCUACGUGUUUGUGCGCUCCAAGCAGGCACUUGGAAGAGCUUGUGGAGUCUCUAGGCCAGUGAUCGCUUGUUCAGUCACCAUCAAGGAAGGUUCCCAAUUGAAGCCCCAAAUCCAGUCUGUUCAGCAGGCUAUUGAGAGGCUGCUGGUGUAAUUUGAUGAUUCUGUGCUCACCUUCCCCUUUCAGAAGAGCCGCAAGGAGUUUCAUCACACUGUUUAAUUUAGUAGCCAGUGGCAAAUUUGUAGCUUUUGGCAGGAGCCAGGUUACAAUGGCACAACGGAGUGAAGUCUUAUGAGUUAACAAAAAUGUAUAAAAACAGCAUUUGUAGUUGGGGACUAUUAAGCUGUUGUCAUUUUCUUUUUCCAUUUCCAUUUGUUUUGAAUACUUUUGUGUCCAACAGAAUCUCAAAAGAUUUAUUUUCAUUACACUGACUUGUAUUAUAUGUAUUUUUAAUAAAAAUAUACAUGUGAAAGUCUACUGGUA